GGAUUGUUCUUGCUUUUCCGUGGCGUCUGUUUUGGAGUUCUCUUGGAAUGUUCUUGCUUUUCCGUGGCGUCUGUUUUGGAGUUCUCUUGGAAUGUUCUUGCUUUUCCCUUGGCGCCUGUUGUGGCGUUUUCUUGGAAUGUCUUGCUUUUCCGCGGCGGUUUUUGUGUGGCGUUUUCUUUCUUUCUUCCCCUUGGUCUUCACCCCUUCACCCCACCACAUUCUCUUCACUAAUUGCCGUUGUUCCCCGAUCGCGCUUGUCCGUGCCUACCACUACUUCCACCCUAACCCCGAAUCCCGAAAUCCCCCCCCACCCCCCCCACCCGCUUUUUCUCCCAC